AUGUGCAUCACCGGCCUCGUUUGGGACAGCAUCCCCGGCAUUCUGCUCCUGCUGCUCAGCAACAGGGACGAGCUCCUCGACAGGCCGACGGCGCGCGCUGCCUUCUGGGACGACCACCCCAACAUAUUCGGCGGGCGCGACCUCGGCCUGGGCGGCACGUGGCUCGCUCUCUCCCGCUCCGGCCGCGUGUGCUCCCUCACCAACGUCCGCGUGCCCGCAGACCGCAUCAAGCACGGCCCGUCCGUGCCCUCGCGCGGCGAGCUCGUCCCCGGCUUCCUCGAGGCGGACCGCAGCACGUCGCCCGCGCAGCACCUCGGGAGCCUACAGCUCGGGGACAACUGCCCAUACAACCACUACUCUCUUCUGGCGGGAGACCUGGCCACGCGGGAGCUCGCGUACGUCUGUUCGGACGGCCAGGGCCCGUGGGAGAACGGCAACGGCGCGUGCCGCUCGUCCGGGGGCCGCACCGUGCCGUCGAACACCGACAGGGAGGGCAGCACUGAGGGCGGGGGCACGGGGGGGGUGUUGCGGCUGGAGCGGGGCGUGCACGCGCUGAGCAACGGGCACCUGGGAUCGCGGUGGCCGAAGACGGAGCGCCUGCGCGCGAGGCUGGACGGCGUCGUGGAGCGGAUGCGCGCGGGGGGGGGCGUUGAAGGUUUGUUCGGGGGUCUCGAGGGGCUGCACGACGAGCUCGUGGGCGUGAUGCUGGACGAGGGCGCGGCGACGGGCGGCGACGACGGGCAGCUGCCGUGCGGGGAGACGGGGUGGGGGCCUGACACGGAGCGGUUGUUGGACCGCAUUUACAUCCCCCCCGCGCCGAUCGAGCCACUCGGGGGGCAGCUGUACGGGACGAUGGUGACGCAGGUCAUCACGGUGGAUACGGCCGGGCGGGUCGUGGCGACGGAGAGGUUCCGGAGACCGGGGGGGGCUGAAGUGGAGGUGAACAGGGUGGAGUUUGAAGUCGACCUGACAGGGGGCGGGGGGGGGACUGAGGGGCAGGAGGCUGCGUCGCGGGAUACGGCGGCGGGGCGGCGAGCGGACCUGUAG